AUGCUUAAAUUUAUCUGCACUUUGUUGAUUUUCAUAAUCAACAUAGUUUUCUCUUUUAUCCCAUUAUUUUCACCAGAGACAUUAUGGGUAUCACGUGCAGAAUCAAUGGCAGCCGGAGUAUUUUUAGGAGCGGCAGUUUUGCAUCUUUUUCCUGAAUCAAUUCACUGUUUUGGAAUAUAUUCAUCUCCAAUACCAAUAUUUAUAACAGUUAUUUCAUAUCUAGCAAUGUAUCUUUUUGAAAAAUCAGUUGAAACAGAUAUUGAAAUUCCACAUCAAUACUCUGACGAAGAAGAUGAUCAAGAAUGUCAACAAGUAUCAGAAUCAUUACCAAAACAAAUACUUAUGUUCUAUAUUGUGCUUAGUAUUCAUAGUUUUGUAGAAUCUUUUGCCUUUGGCUUUAUGAAAACAAAUGCUGCUAUACUUGCAUUCUUCUUUGCAUUUAUCGGACAUAAACCUGUUGAAUGCUUCGUACUCGGACUCCAAAUUUUACAUACUCGCCCUCCGAAAUCGAAAUACAUCUGUUUAAUGUCAACAUUCGCAGCUGUAUCACCACUUACAAUCAUGGUAACAUCAUUUUUCGCUCAUGCAACAAGCGAAAUAUUUAAUGGAGUUGUAACUUCAAUUUCUACAGGCGUUUUCAUAUACAUAGGCUUCCACGAACUCCAAGAAACAUUGGAAAAAUGCAGACUCAACGAAUAUCGUCAAAGAUUAAUUCAUGUUUUAUGGUUUAUAUUUGGCCUGCUUUGGAUGUGCAUUAUGAAUCUCUUUGCAGGAGAACAUGAGCAUUAG